AUGACCCAGGAGCCAUUCAGAGAGGAGCUGGCCUACGACCGGACGCCCACACUGGAGCGGGGCCGGCAAGACCCCGCCGGCCAAGCCCCAGACACGAAGCCGAGCGACCUGCAGCUGUCGAAGAGACUGCCCCCCUGCUUCAGCCCCAAGACGUGGGUCUUCUCCGUGCUGACGGGGAGCUGCCUCCUGGUGACCUCAGGGUUUUCGCUGUACCUGGGGAACCUGUUCCCUGCCGAGAUGGAUUACUUGCGCCGUGCUGCAGGCUCUUGCAUCCCCUCAGCAAUUGUGAGCUUCACCGUCUCCAGGAGGAACACCUGCAGCCUGCACCCAAUUCCCAACUUUCAGAUAUUGUUCGUUUCCACAUUUGCUGUGACCACUACGUGUUUAAUUUGGUUUGGAUGCAAACUAAUCCUGAACCCAUCAGCAAUAAAUAUCAACUUCAACCUUAUCCUGCUGCUCCUGCUGGAGCUGCUCAUGGCAGCCAGGGUGAUCACAUCUGCACGGUCCAGCGAGGCAUACUGCAAGAAAAAGAAGGGCUCCAUGUCUGACAGCACCAACAUUCUGGGCGAAGUGCCAUUUCCUGCUCGGGUCCUGAAAUCUUAUUCAGUCAUCGAGGUAAUCGCAGGCAUCUCUGCCGUCCUCAGGGGGAUCAUUGCCCUGAACGUGGAUGACUCAGUCUCAGGCCCACACCUCUCAGUGACGUUCUUUUGGAUCCUAGUGGCCUGCUUUCCAAGUGCCAUUGCCAGUCAUGUGACAGCAGAGUGUCCCAGCAAGUGUCUGGUGGAGGUGCUGAUAGCCAUAAGCAGCCUCACGUCUCUGCUGCUGUUCACAGCCUCUGGAUAUCUGUCAUUCAGCGUCAUGAGAAUCGUGGAGAUGUUUAAAGAUUACCCGCCAGCCAUAGAACCAUCCUACAACGUGCUCCUGCUGCUGCUGCUGGUGCUCCUGCUGCAGGCCGGCCUCAACACGGGCACUGCCAUCCAGUGUGUGCGCUUCAAGGUCAGUGCAAGGCUGCAGGGCGCGUCCUGGGACACCCAGAGCGGCCCGCAGGAGCGCCUGGCUGGGGAGGUGGCUAGGAGGCCCCUGAAGGAGUUUGACAAGGAGAAAGCCUGGAGAGCCAUUGUGGUGCAGAUGGCCCAGUGA